AUGUCUCAGAACGGAGCCGGUAAGGGCGCCGCCCCUAAGCGGAACCCUCUUCAGCUCCCUGAGGGCAUUAACAAGCGCUGCGACUUGCCCCCCGAGGCCUACUGGCACGCUGACAAAGUCAACACACCGCAUGCGACGCGCCCCGGCUACAGCACCGGCGGUCAGAACAUCAAGGUUGGGGUGAACCAGUUUCAGAUCAAGGAAAUCAGCGGCAAAGAUAUUUGCCAAUAUGACGUUGCCGUGUUGCCCGAGCCCAAGGGCAUGAUUGUCUACAAGAAGGCCUGGAACUGCAAGGCUUUCCAGCGCAAAUUGGCGGAGAUGAAGGCCCCGUGGCUUCAUGACAGCCGGAAGCUUGCUUGGUCGAGUGCCAAUAUUCCGAGCUUUUCGCUCAAGAUUGAUCUUGGUGAGGAUGAGGGCCGCCCCGGCCGCUCCAACCAGAUAAUGACCGUCGAGGUCAAGCAGACCUGCAAGGUUCGCAUGGAAGCCUUGAAGGGUUAUCUGGAGAAGAAAAUCGGCUGGGACAACUCGGUGCUGGAGUGCAUCAGCUUCCUCGACCAUGCUCUCCGUCAGGGUCCCUCGGAGCGCAUGCGUUUGAUCAAGCGCACUCUCUUCAAUGACCAUUCGGAGACCAGGCGUCUCAAUGCAGCCACUGAGGCGAUCAAAGGAAUCUAUUCAGCGAUCCGCCUCAACAACUCCUUGGGUGGCUCCGGUGUUGGACUGGGCGUCAAUGUGGACGUUUCCAACCAGACCUUCUGGAUCGGCCAGAAGUUUGAGCAACUGGCACGCAGUUACUUGAGCUCUAUGGACCGAAAGUGGGAGAAUCUCGACUAUGCGGGUAUGGGAAAGGCACUCCUGCCCGUCAAAACCACAAAGAAAGAUGGUUCUCCUACGUGGGGCAUGUCCGAAGCCUUCAAGAUUCUGCGCCGUCUGCAAAACAUCCGGUUUACGGUCAACCAUCGUGGCAGCAAGGACUUGGGAAACAAGGAGUACAAGGUGAAGGGAUUCUUGUUCGACGCCAAGUACGGUUCGGAGGGCAGCAACGCCAAGGUCGUCACCUUCACCAGGAAUAUGCCGGACGGCAACCCAAAGGAGUACUCUGUUUACGACUACUACCUGCAGCAAUACAGGCACCGCGUCCAGCAUUGGUACCUGCCGCUUGUUGAGUCGACCAAUGGCGGAUUCUUCCCAAUGGAGGUGUGCGACAUCGGUCGCUUCAACCCUUUCCCGUUCAAGCUGGACCCCAACCAAACCUCGGAGAUGAUCAAGUUUGCCGUCCAGCGGCCCCCGCAGCGCAAAACCGAGGUCAUGCGCAUGGUCCAGAACCUUGACUGGGGCAAGGACCGCUACCUCAGCCAUUUUGGUAUCAAGAUUGACCCGACCAUGCCCAUGAUCCCGGCAAAGCUUCUUCCCAACCCCAUUAUCCAGUACGGCAACAAGGCUGUAGACCCCAAAAUGACGGGUCGUUGGGAUCUUCGCGGCGUCAAGUUUGUCGCCCCCAACAAGCUGCCCCUUGUCGCCUGGGCCUUCGUCAUUGUGGAUGGCUGUGUCGACCAGCAAAGCGUGCAACACUUUGCCGAUGCCUUCAAGACGGCGUAUGCUGGUCAUGGUGGCAGGAUCUCCAGCAAGCCUAUGAUCAUGUGUCCACCUCGAGGCCUUUCACCCGCCGCAAUCGUGGGCAAGGCGUACAACGACUGUGGCAGGGCGUUUAAGCAGGACCCGCAGAUCAUUUUCUACAUUCUUCCGUCGAAGGCGGCCGGGACCUAUGAACAUUUGAAGCAGCAUAACGAAUGCAAUGUUGCUUGUCUCACGCAGAUGCUUCAAGGGCAGCACGUUCGCAAGUGCCAGCCGCAGUACUGCUCGAAUGUGGCGAUGAAGGUCAACGCGAAAUUGGGAGGCCGCACCUCGCGGAUUGCCGUCAAGGGCAACGGCCCAGCCUUUUUCGGCUCGACACCAACCAUGAUGAUUGGCCUUGAUUUGUCUCACGGCGCCACGGGCACCAGUGCGGUCUCCACCGCGGCCAUGUGCGUCUCCAUGGACGCCGAGGCGACGUACUACAACGCCGCUGUGCAGACCAACGGCUGGGGUGUUGAGAUUUUACAGCCGGCCAACAUGCAUUCCAUGCUGGGCCCGCUGGCUGACAAGUGGCGCAAGACGUCCAACAAGAUCCCGCAGCACGUCUUCUACCUGCGCGACGGCGUGUCUGAGGGACAAUAUGCUCACGUCAUGGAGUUUGAGGUGGCCGAGAUGAAGAAGGUCUUCAAGGAUGUUCUCGGUACCGUGCCUAAGAUCACGGUCAUUAUUGCGACCAAGCGGCACCACAUCCGCUUCUUUCCGGAGCGUGGCGACAAGAAUGGCAACUGCUUGCCCGGCACGCUGGUGGAGCGGGAGGUUACCCACCCCUUCCACUAUGAUUUCUAUCUCUGCUCUCACGUGGCUAUUCAGGGCACGGCGCGCCCAGUGCACUACAGCGUCAUCCACGAUGAGUGCGGCUUGAAGCCCGAUGAGCUUCAGCGAAUCCUUUACCACCAGUGCUACCAGUAUUGCCGCUCGACGACCCCUGUUUCUUUGCACCCAGCGGUCUACUACGCGCAUCUGGCUGGCGCUCGUGCCCGCGCCCAUGAGAACACGGGGUCUAACGCGGAGCCGGCCAAUUUUAACUCGGAGAAACACGAGGUUCUCAAGCGUCCGGGUCCUAUGUCCAAGGGCGAUAAGAAGCAGGAUAAUAAGACGAUAGACACCUCCAGCACCGAGGCGCCUCCCCCGUUCCUGCUGCGGAUUGGCCAAUUUGUCGGUCGCGAGUCGGCCAUCAAGACCUUCACGGACAGCAUGUGGUGGGUCUAA